AGCAUCCAGAAGAUCGGAGAAGAAAUCCACUCGACGUAUUCAGCACCACUGAACAAAAUCACACGGUGCACCACUACAGGGAUGAGUGACAGCACGUCCGUUGCCCACAUGCAGCUCAAGGAGGUCGACGACUUCGCGCGAGCCCUAUACCGCCGCGCGAAAUCAGCCGGCCCCGACCUAGAUGACGUCGCCUCCGCCGUCCGGACCCUCCACGGCGCCCUCAAGCAUCUCAAAGCCGAAGCCGAGGACGUCGACUCGCUCCUCAACUCCGACCAGUCCGCCGUCUACCAGCGAGAGCUAACCCUCAUCGUCGAAGACUCCGACUUUACCCUCCGCCAGCUCGACGCCGUUCUCCAGCGCCACGAUGCCGACGCCGACGCCAACGCCGACGCCGACGCCAACCGGGAACGUAGCAUGGUCGCUCUGAUCCAAACCAAGCUGAACGACCAGAGGACCCGCAUCGACAUGUUCUUGGACACAGUGCAGCUCCCGAACCCCAGCAAGACCCAGAUGGUCGCCGACGUUGCGAACGGGGCCAACGGCCACAGGAGGAACAGGAAUAUGGAAGAAGACGGCGCCGUUCUCGACGCCAUCAAGGACAAGGUGGAUGCCGUCGCCACCCGCGUCUUCAAACGGCGUCACGGCGACAGCAGCCUCGAGAGCGACGAGGAGAGAUGGCGAGAGUUCCGCCAAGAGCUCGAGAAGGAGGGUUUCGCGAGAGAAAUCCUGGGUCAACACAAGGACGUACUCCGUGCCUACAUCCGCGAGCUCGAGUCCAGUGCCGACGGCUCCGGUCCUCCGCCUUCCGUCCGCGGUCUUCUCGAACAAGAACGAGAAAGAGGGCAAGCAAGACUGCAGCCGCGCAACCUCACCCUGGCCCCUCCCAUCCCCUACCGGCACCAAGACGAUCACAGCAAAAAGGAGGUGGUGAACCCGCACUUCGAGAACGACAAGUACGGCCCCGACAUGAAGACCAUGCGCCGCAUGCCGGAACAGCGACCUCCCAGUAUUCCCAGCUCCCCCAGCCUACAUCUCAACCCACCCGCCUUGCCCGCCCAGAGCAGCGUCUUGUCGUAUGACAGGCGCUCGUCCGAGGGCGAAGACGACGAUGGCCAAACGAAGACCCCGGAUGCUCUCGCCCUCACCCUCAUCUCCACUCGCGACCUCAUGAUCAGCGAUAACCUCGUCCUCGCCCCGCACAUGGGCGCCCUACAACUUCAGCCCGGCCCGUCUCAUGCCAACUACGGCGUCUCCCCGUCCUCCAUGACCCGUUACCUACCUCCGGAGCUGGCCGGUAGUCCCGACUUUUCUUCCUCGCCAAAUAACAUGUACCUGUCUGCAUCCCCUCGCUUCGUGCCCCCUCUACCCCCUUACUCGGACGCCCAGACCUCCCCUCCCGGUUAUUAUAAUCACAACGCCUCACCGCGCCAGCCCACUCGCCUGGCCCCCGACCGCUACGGCAUGGACAUCCCCCUCGACGCGCAGUGGACCAGGGUCCGCCGCUCCCUCAUCUCCCCCGAGGUCCUCGAACAAGCCGGAGUUCGCUACGAGGCCCGACCAACCUUCGUCGCCGUCCUCGGCAUCCUAACCCGGGAGGAGAUAGAGCACUACGCACACCUCUCCGCCCGUGCUCGUGCGCGUCGCCGCAACCCCGCUUCGCAUGGUGGCGCCCCGGGCCAGUCCUAUCCCCACCAUCACUACCAGCAGCAGCAGCAGCAGCAGCAGCAGCAGCAACAUCAACAGCAACAGCAACAGCAACAACCUCUUCCCCACUACUACCACUCCCACAACCCUCACCACCCCCCUCCCCCCCAACGCGACUCCCCAGACGAAAAACCACGCCGCCACCCCCACCCCACCCACCGCAAACCCGCACACUACCCCUCCGACACAGACUCCGACGCCAUCCUCUGGGACGACGACACCGACUCCGACUCCGACGACGACACCGACUCCUCAGACUCCGAGUACAGGGACACCAAGAACCAGAGAGAAAAGACAAAGACCCCCUAUUUCAUCGUCCCGCCCCCUUCCUCCGGGCCCAGCCCCUCGGCCACCACCCUCCCCAAACCGAUCCUCAAGAACCAAAACACGAACCACGUCCGCUUCGACCCGGAACCCCACGAAAUCUCUCCUGACGAAAUGAACAAGUCGCCGUCGCACCACGCGUCGUCGUCCCGUCCAGACAGAGACAGGAGCAGGGACAGAGACAGGGAGAGGGACAGAGACAGGGAGAGGGACAGAGACAGGGAGAGGGAUGACCGCGAUUACGAUCGGGAUAGGGAUCGGGAUCACUACCCUUCCUCUUCGUCGCGGCGACGACACAGGGAUCGCGACCGCGAGACGGACAGAGACAGGGACAGGGAUUCGGAGAAACGCGACAGCAAGAAGAAACUGCUCGGCGCUAUGGGUAUCGGCGGUGCAGCGGGGAGUCUGCUCACCGUCCUCACCGAAGCCGCGACGGGGUUCUAGGGAUGCGAUGCCUCAUGUUCUUUUCGAGAAGCUAUUCACCAUGGCAAAGAAUGUCACGACGACUACGGCCCAACUAUGUCAACACUACAAAAAAAUGCUUCAUUUUUUUCUUCUUUUCUUUUUCUUCUCUUUCUGUCUUCAUGGAACGAACUGCUGCUAACGGAACGUACCCUCUGUAUUUAUUUAUCUUGAUUGUUUUUUUCCUGGAGCGUCUUAAUUCAUGAUCCCUUAAAUUCAGUC